GAAGUAACUGCGCUGCAAAGAGCUCGUCUGACAUUUUGUAAACUGAUCCAAACAAAUGGUUACCAACAUGGCGGCAUCAUUGAGUCCACCGACAUUGAGUAGCCAAGUUACAGAUGAUUAGGUCAUUAAUCUGAUUUGGUUACCCCAAAACUCAGUUAGCGGCGAUUAGAUAACUAACGGACCUUGCUUAACACGACUGAUUGAUCAAACUGAUUUCGCCUGAUCGGGCUGAUGUCUUCUUCAGAACUGAUUUUGACAAGAAGUAACACAGCAACGGAUAAUCACUAGGCCUGAUGUUCAGCCUCAUGGGAAACUGCGUAUCAUGUAUCAAGAAGCGCCGGGAGCCCAAAAGGCCAAUUACACUGGCUUUCUUGGGUCUCGACUGCGCUGGCAAGUCAACAACAACAAAAGUGCUGAUUGGAGAACAGUUUGACAAAGACAUCGCCCCAACAGUCGGUUUCAACUCUGAAAAGUUUGUAUUCAACAAGUUCGACAUCACGAUGUAUGACCUUGGGGGAGGACCACAGAUACGAGCCAUGUGGACCACAUAUCUCCCUGAACUGUAUGGGGUGGUCUACAUGAUCGAUUCAACUGCAUCAGAGCGCCUUGAGGAAGUGAAGGAAAGCUUUCAGAAACUGAUAGCUAAUUAUCACAUAGCAGGGAAGCCAGUGUUGGUGCUGGCCAACAAACAGGACAAGGAAGACGCUGUGGACGAGGUGGACAUCUGUGAACAACUCGAUCUCUCCAACUGGGUCAACCUACACAAGACUCCAUGCAGAAUUGAAUCCUGCUCAGCUGUGAAGGGGACGGGACGCAAGAUGGACCCUGCAAUUAAAGAGGGCAUGCAGUGGCUGUGUGAUAUGAUUGAGAAGAACUUUGACCCUCUGAAGACCCGAGUAGACAAGGAUAUGGCAGAGGAAAAGGAAAAGGAGAAAAUAGAGCUAGCGGCUCGGAGAGAACGUGUUCGCAAAAUAAAAGAAGAGAGGGAACGCAAGGAGGAAGAGGAGAGGAAGAGGCUGGGCAUUGAGGAGAAGCAAGAGGAGAGUGAGGGGGAAGACUUUAUAGAUGGAGAUCCCUUCAAAUAUGUUGACGUGGAGAAACUCAAGGAAAAGGAAGCUCAGAUGAAGGAGGAGAAGAGGCGUCUCAAGGGGCUGAAAGCUAAAGCUAAAGCUAAAGGUGAAGAUGACAGAACAAUGACAAAAACGGACGACCUGGAAGAAGCAGAUUAUCUCCGAACUCCUCACUCGAACCGUCCGUAUGGGUUAGCUCCCCUUGGUGACAAAUGUGCAGAGGACAGUGAUGAAUUAGUGAGUCCGUCCACAAACAGAUCACGUCGGGUGUUGCCCCCGCUGCAGCAACCUCUGGGAACAAAGUUUAUGGAGGACGGUACUGCUAAGAAAAAGAAGAAAAAGAAGGUCAAGCAAAAGAAUGCCUAUUCUGAAAAUGCCGAGUACGGAAGUGAAUAUUCUCAAACUGGAGACGACACAGCCCGGCUGGCAGAAUCACAGAAGACAAUGAGGUCUGUUUCGAAAAUCUCAGUUACAGCUAAAUCCUUCGGGGAUGAAAAUGGAGAUGACAUUCGUACAUCUAGUCAUAAGUUAACACCUCUUGAUGGUGAGGAUGGGGCUCACACUCCGAAAGAAACAAAAAGAAAACAGAAGAAACGUUUUGAGGAUUCGCAGCAGAGCAAUGGUGGAUUUGAUCUGCAUGACGCGGCGGAGUUGUCUCCCAUCCCUCGCCCGCUUCCACCACGUCUUGUUGCGACUGUAGAUUCUGGGAUGGAUAAUGGAUCUGACUCAGAGAUUAAGAAAAUGAAGAAAAAGAAGAAGCCUAAAAAAAAUCAGCUUUCUCCAUCACAAAAUGACCUUGAACUCUCACCUUCAACAAGGGCAGACUACUCCAGUCGUAACUAUCCCUGGGACAAACCAAACAGUUAUUUGGACGGAUCAGAUCAGGAGGACAAACACAGGAACAGUCAAACAACUGACUUUGGGGAAAAGUGGGGUUUGGUAGAUGAACUACCGGAGGUUUCUGACUCAGCACUACGAAUGAGACCCAACUACGACGAUGACGAUGAUAUCAUGUUGUGAUGAUCGUCUCGCUAAUGCAUAUCUGUGAUGUCCUAACUUAUAUUUCUUCAUGUGCACAACUGAAUAAGCCAUCCAACUAUUUUUGUAUAAAUACAUUAUUGAUGUUGUAUAUUUCCUUGUGAGAUUUGACAGUUAAUUGCUGAUGAAGACAGUUGUCCAGGCCGGUGACAGAACUGUCUCAAGUAGAGAUGGACCCUUGUACCUUGUCCACACUGAUUGAAUACUACACCGGGUAUCAUCUUAAACACUGAACUGCUGGACAAGUGGAAUGUUCCAUUUUUCUUGUCCAGGAACAAGUUAAAUGUUCUCUAAAACUUAAAAAAAGUUAGAUUGUGUUCGUGAAUCUAUUAUUCAAGAUAUAGCAAUUACAUCAAUCGAGAUGGGGGACAGUGAGGUCGAUGAUGCGCCUGAGUUGCCUCCCCCUUCACUACCAGCAGCCUGGGCACUGAAAUCUAGUUCUGCUUCCGGAACUGGUCCUAAUCUCUUAUGACCUGUUAUAAAUUCAAUUUGUUGGUUGUCACAACAAGGUUCGACUGUAUUGUAGUUUCAAGUCUUUAUUUUAAAGUGGGACUGUGCUUGAGGCAAUCAACAUUCUUAGAAAGUUUAGAAUACCAAUUUGUGUGUAUGUAUGCCAACUCCAAUGUAAUUAUGUAGAAUUGCUAUGCAGUGUAGUCACUAUUUCUUACCAUCAAAUCAAGCAUAGGCCUAUUCCAGUUAGCCCUCAGCUUACAUCACACAAACACAACUGCUUCUUGCUUGACCAUGGUAGGGAUAUUUGGCUUCCAUGUUUAAAACAGCUAAAAAAUAAUGCUGAAUGGAUUUUUGUCGGCAUGGGGACUAUAGAUAUGUACCCCAGGUAUUUUUCUGUAGACAAUAAUGUAACCUAGCCCAAAUCAGAAUACAGUAAGGUACCUAGUACCAUAAACAGCAGAUGAGUCCAUAUUCCUCAAGCCGAAACCGAAAGCUGUUCAUGUUGAAGUUCUGGUUCACCUGAUGACGAGUGCAUGCUGGAUAAUGCCGUGCAUUGUGGAAUAUUAGAGUAAUGUACGCACAUUAUUGUGUUUGCUCACUUUCAUGUAGCACACUGGAAUGCAACAGUAUGACAUCACCGAAUCAUUUAUGGUAAGGAAAUAUCGAGAGAAGAAUGUACAAUGCAUAGUGCCAUGUUGAAAUUUCGUGGGGUUCGGCAUCCAGGAUGUGUUGUAUAAGUAAGGGGGGCACGGGCGCAGCGAUUUGCUGUGCAGAGUUGCAUCUCUUGGGCACGCCAGAAACCUAUGCUUGUGGGUUCGAAUCCCGGUUUGCCCCAAUUAUGUUUCUAGGUUUGUCAGCACCAUAUCUGUGCUCGUAGGUUU